CCCCCGGAAUCUUCGCAACGUCGGUCCCUUUUUUGCAUAGAAAAACAUCGGGUUGUGGAGGGGUUCGGUGAAGCGGCAGGAAAGAAAAGAAAGGUUAUCGCCUUUUUCGGGUUCGUGAAAUGGAAAGUUGUGUGUGUGGUAACAUGGCCGACGAUUCGGUCAAGCUUCUUUUCCUUCUUUGCCACGUGCUUUAGGGGAACAUUGAUCCUGGGAUGUGUUGCCCUGCGGGUUCGAAACAAAGUUUUGCGCGGGUUUUCUCGAAAAGGAACAUGUAAGCCGCGAAUUCGAUGCUUCCUUGUCUUUUUGUCGUUCCUUGUCGUUUUGCUCUUUCUUCAGGACGUGAGUGUGCGUCUCUAG